AAUAGUGGUCCCGUCACGGGUGUUACGAUAACCUCAUCAACCGAUCCAAGCAAUGUACCAACAACAACAACAACUAUGGCAUGUAUGCCAACCAAUUCGAUAUCAUCAACCACAUUCUUAAAUCCUAAUUUUACUCUUCAGGAUGAAAAUGGAGAUGCAGAGAAACAACAAUGA